GUCACGGCUCAAGAUGCGGCUACGCUGUUACGCUACCACGAGAAAAAACUCAUCGAAUUCACACAGAAAUUUCAGCCACCCAUGCCUAAAAACACCCAAGGCACGGCUUUAAUCUAUUUCAAGCGGUUCUUUCUUCGCAAUUGCAUCCUACAGUACGAGCCCAAGGAUGUGCUCGUAACAGCGGCGUUCUUGGCGUGUAAGGUGGAGGAGUUCAACGUGUCCAUCGAUCAGUUCGUGGCCAACAUCCAGGGCAAUAAAGAGCGGGCCAUUCACACCAUUCUCUCCAACGAGUUGUUACUCAUCCGGGAGCUGCGAUUCCAUUUGACCAUUCAUAAUCCGUAUCGAAGCGUAGAAGGUUUCUUGAUUGAUCUCAAAGUCAAUUUCCCUGAGUUGGCCGAUCCACAGACCUUGCGCGAACCCAUCGAGCGAUUCUUGUCCGAAGCCGCUUUGACUAAUGCCUGCUUCAUCUAUUCACCGUCUCAAAUCGCCUUGGCCGCCGUUAUUCAAUCCGCCAUGAAAAGCGGCUCGCACGUGGACUCUUACGUGACCAAUCGGCUCUUGGGCCCCGAAUAUCAUUUUGACAUUAGUCAAAUCGUCGAUGUGAUCAACGGAAUUCGAUACAUGGCAAAGCGUGCCUCUGAUCUUCCCGAUGCUAGCACUGUGCGGGGCAUCCUGGAGAAGAUGGCCCAUGACAAGGAACAAAUCGAACAACUAAAGUCCAGUAGACAGCGUUAUCUUUGACAUCAAUAAACACUUUAACCAUA